AGUAAUAUUUUUUACUAAAUUUGGCAGGUUCGGGUAUCAAAUGUUCGCGAGAUAUCUCAUAUCUUGAAAAUUAAAAUUAAGAAUUAACAUUUAUAUACUAAAAACGUAUAUUGACGCUGAAAAUUAAAUUGUAUAUAUUUAAUUAUAUUCAAAUCACUUCAGUCGCGAAACCUAACCUCUAACAGAAACAUAUUCACUCAAAAUGGCUAAAAGUACGGGCAAAGGAGGUAAAGCAAAAUCUAGUGACAUUUUUGCGGGAUUUCAAAACUUACGCAGCGAACAAAGACAGCUCGCCACUAAAAUUUCAGAACUAGAAAUGGACUUAAAUGAGCACAAGAUAGUCAUUGAGACACUACAGGCAGUGGAACCUGGUCGCAAAUGUUUUAGAAUGGUAGGUGGUGUGGUGGUAGAGAGAACUGUUGCAGAAGUAUUACCAGAAUUAGAAGUAAAUAAAGAACACUUACCACAAGCAUUGCAGGCCUUACAUGAGCAGCUAGCAAAAAAAGGUCAAGAAAUCAAUGAUUACAUAGAAAAGCAUGAUAUUAAGGUUCAAAGAGGCUCAGAAAAUGUCAGUGAGGCACCUCGAGAAGAUGCACCUGCCAAAACAAAUGUGCUUGUUGCAAGCGGCUGAUCAUAGGUGGCUUAUGGGCAUACAUACAUUUGUUUCUACAUUAAGAAUGCCUUUUUAAUUUUCUUUCUGCAUUUGUAUAAUUAAUAAACCUAAAGAAAUUUGUAUUAGUA